CCAUCUGGAUGUUUCCAACUCCUUUUAAUUGUAGAUUGUACCCCACAAAGGAAGACUGAUAGACUCAGCUUAGUUAUUGCCAUUAAAAAUUAGAGACAUGUAUGAGUGUGGCUCACUGGACUUGCAGGAAAUACAACCAGAAACAGAGAACAUACUAAAUUUCAAAACUGGCCAGAAAAUUCACCAGAAACUAAAUUUCACGUUUAUUCGCCUAUCAUCACCUCCACGGGGUAGCAAACUUACCUAUAACAGGCCCAUGGGUGCAACAUCACACAAAAACUCCCCACAUUUUAGAUGCACGAAAAGGGGAUGCAUUUUACCCAUCCUUCACUAGGCUAACCAAAAACACCCAUACUGCACCAGCCUACGCCCAAGAGCCCGAAAACGACUCUCUGGGCAACAAACCACCAGCGUCCCCAUUCUCGGGCCCUUCCAAACUCACCACUGUGGAUCCA